GAAUCAAACACCAAAUCUAUCUACCAAUAUGGGUACCUUCCCCUUCUUCUUCAUCAUCAUAUACGUUUUUCCAAUUUCUUACAUUCUAUUCACGAUUCUUAAGUUCCUCGAUUCUAAAAGAAGAAAUCAAGACUGCUAUAUCCUUGACUACCAAUGCUUCAAGCCUUCCGAUGACAGGAUGCUCACCACUGACUUUUCCGGCGAUAUCAUCAGACGCAACAAAAACCUCGGACUUCACGAAUACAAGUUCCUCCUCAGAGCAAUGGUCAGUUCCGGCAUUGGUGAACAAACCUACGGCCCAAAAAUGGUCUUUGACGCCCAAGAAACCUGUCCCACCUUAGAACACACCACCUCCGAACUAGACGAAUUUUUUGACGACAGCAUCCACAAGCUCUUAGCAAGAUCCGGCGUCUCCCCGUCGGAGAUCGAUGUUCUUGUCGUUAACAUCUCCAUGCUCACCUCCUUACCCUCCAUGUCCGCACGUAUUAUCAACCGUUACAAGAUGAGACAAGACAUAAAGGUUUAUAAUCUCACUGGGAUGGGAUGCAGCGCAAGCUUGAUCUCUGUAAAUGUGAUUCAGAACAUUUUCAAAACCCAAAAGGACCGUUACGCUCUUCUGGUAUCAUCGGAGUCUUUAAGUCCAAACUGGUACACCGGAAACGACAGAUCGAUGAUUCUUGCCAAUUGUCUGUUCAGGGUCGGCGGUUGCGCAGUCUUGAUGACUAACAAAUCAUCGUUAAAGCACAAGGCAAAGUUAAAGCUCAAGACUUUAGCUAGAACCCAUCACGGAUCGAAGGACGAAUCAUACAAUUGUUGUCUCCAGAAGGAAGAUGAAGAAGGUCGGAAAGGGUUUUAUUUAAGUAAAAGCUUGCCCAAGGUAGCUACCAUGGCGUUUGUGGACAAUUUCAAGGAAAUUGCAAUCAAGAUUUUACCCAUCAGUGAGCUUCUCAGGUUUUCUCUGGCUAUGUUCAUUUGGAAAUGGUUCAAGAACUCGAGUAAAGGUGGAGGAGGGUCAAGGCCUAUUAUUAAUAUGAAAAGAGGAGUUGAUCAUUUCUGUUUACAUACUGGCGGGAAGGCGGUUAUAGAUGGGAUAGGACAGAGUUUGAAUCUCACCGAGUAUGAUCUUGAACCGGCGAGAAUGACGCUUCACCGAUUUGGGAAUACGUCAGCAAGCAGUUUAUGGUAUGUUUUGUCGUACAUGGAGGGGAAGAAGAGGUUGAAGAAGGGAGAUAAGGUGUUCAUGAUUAGCUUUGGGGCAGGGUUUAAGUGUAAUAGCUGCCUUUGGGAAGUGACGAAUGAUUUGGAGGAUAAAAAUGUAUGGGAGGAUUGCAUUCAAAGAUACCCUUUAAAGAAUCUAGCAAAUCCUUUCUUGGAGAAGUAUGGAUGGAUCAAUGAAGAGGAUGAUCCAACCACAUUCAAGUUUCGGGAUUAAUAUUCAAACU